AUGGAUCGCAAGUCAUCUUCUCACCAAGCUCCAGCAUCACCCUCUCCGCCUCAGAAAGAUGGCUAUAGUCCGCCGACAAUCGACCAGUCGCACGAUGUUGCCUUGGUGAUAAAGGCGCUUGACCACUCCUACAAAUGCCAUGGAGUCUGUAGUACAAAGAUCUUGCUCUGGGGUUCUCCCGGGUGCGGCAAGCGUCGCAUUGCUACUCAAGCUGCUCUGGAGUUUUCCACCCGCACCGGUUGCAAGGUCCUCUGGAUUGAUGGCCGAUCCUUCGAAUCUUUCAUCCGCGACUAUCGAGCAGCCUAUACCAAAGUCACCGGAGAGCAUCUUCCCCAAGGUCUCACCUUGACCCAUACCCUUCUGAAGAUCAGAUCCACCUUGGAGGCUCGUCGGGAUGAAUUACUUACCGUCGUCUUUGACAUGGAGUCCUGCCUGGAAGAGGACAUGGAGACUGAACUAAACGCACCCGACCUCUAUCUUCCGGACCGUGGUCGCAUACUUUGUACCUCUUCAUAUGCCGUCCUGAAAGUGGCCGGCAGUGAUGACCAUGGACCACCUGAAGAAUGUGGUCUGAAGUUUGCCAGUCGAGCAACAUGCUUGUAUGUCAGCGCACUUAGCGAGGAGCAAGCCUUGCAGUAUUUCAGAGCUUCACUGCCGAACACCAACGAUGAAGUCAGCUGUCUCCGCGCGUUCUGGCAAUUUCGACUAAAGGCAUGGCACACCGCGCCACUUCGCCUUGCGCUGUCUUGUGCUUGCAUGCGUUUACUGCAUUUCUCGCCCAGCCGUUUUCAACAGUUGUGCGCAUACAAGGCAAGGGAAGGCUACAGUCCAACAUGGCCAGGCUACAGUCCCAUCUUUUCGGACAUAAUGUCUAUCCUAUGGGAUGCUCUCAAUGACUAUGAUGUCGCCGCGGGGGAGUUGCUGGUCGUUUGCUCAGCCAUUGAUCCAAUGGAGAUUCCUGUCGCACUUGUUGAGAAGUUUCCAAUGUUUCAGAACAACCAAGGACGACUUCUCUCCACGAUUGACUUGCUCCGUCUGAGUGGGUUACUUGAGAUCCACCAGGGACCUGAGCUUGCUACCAUCAACCUGCAUCCUCAGGUGCAACGCUGGCUACAACUCAAACGUCAGGAAAUCGAUGACAAACACGAGUCUACAGACCUCGUCCACACAUGGAUCUCUGUGCUCAGCGACUAUCUAGCCAAGCCAGAACACGACCUUCAAAAGGGUUGUCCCAUCUUCGAUCCCGAGAAAUUCUGGGGGAUGUUCGCUCAUAUCAUCUCGCUUUGUAAUCUCAAAUCAGGGCAGAUUCGCCAGUUUUGCAGCCCACAGUACAUGACGUUCCUUAAGCAUGUCGCCAUUUUCCUUGUCGACGACGGCAUCUUUCAGGUCCUGGCCGGCCUGGCCAUAACACAUGCUUUGGACAUGUGCACCCUUCUACAAACUCGACAAGGCCAUAAUACUCUUCUGGACCGUGAGUACGUCCACAUUCGUCAAGUGAUGGCCAGCGCCCUUAUUCAGUUGUCGGAAUAUGUCCACGCUGAUCGUGAACUUCGAGAGGCGAAGCGAUUUCUUAUGCAGCACCUAUUAGGUGGUGCCAGCAGCACCCAGAUGUUGCGCGAGAUUGAGGAUACACAAGCGUAUCUCAGCAUCAUGCAAAGGAAUUGGCCCGAGGCUAGCCGGAUGCUCGCUCAGCUGCUGUCUGCCCCCGAGCCUGACCAUGAUAUCCGCGACCUCGCGAAGCGACACCAUUGGAUGUCAAGAUAUAAGGCGGCUGUAGACGCAGAUUUCAGCGCCUUGGAGCAUUCGCACAUGACCAUGUCUUACUGGAGAGAUCUACCGUAUGAAGAACAAUGGGGCUUCAAAGAUACCAGGCUGCUGAGCUGGGUUGAAAAGCACAUGAUGAACCUAAUGAACAUGAGAAAGUACAAGGGUGCCCUUCUCUUCGGUACACGGCUACUAGAGAGAGCGUAUGAGCUUUCACCGAUUCUUGGGAACUCUGUCUGCUGCUUGACUUACCGCGUGGUGUAUUGCCAAUGCAUGCUAGACAUGGCCGACGAUGCCGAAAAAACUGUGUGUCGACUGCUCGAACUGCCAUCGCACGACAACUAUGGAGAUGACACUACCCGGGCUUAUCUGCUGUACACACUGAACGAACUCGCGAUACUGCUGCAACGCAACGGGAGGGCCGUGGAAGCCGAAGGUUUGUACAGGUUCAACAUACAGACCUCAAAGCUUUACGACGUCAAGAAUCUAAGCGGAACUGAAACGUACGACAGCUGGCGUGAUUAUGGACAACUGCACAUGUGUCUCAUCGAGCAGGGAAAAGUGCUGGAAGCAAGGAAGCUCAAGGAAGAAUAUGAGUUGGGGAAUCCGGACAAGGAGUUUAGAGACUCCGCCAUGCAGAACAACUUGACCGCUUUGCGUUAUUCGAGGGAGUUGUACGUCAGAGCACUCGAAGCAGAGAAAUCUGGUACCACUUUGGAGUUCAAAGCCGCUCUUGAUUUGGCCGAGACUCGACCAGCAUUCAAACGGGCCGUGAAAUGGUUUGGAAGCCCGAAGCGUCGCGUCGAAAGGGGCAGAGACUUUGAGAGCGACGUGGAUUUGCACCACAUCGGUCGGGCACGGAACAGCCGUCUUCUUCAGCUGCUUAAAUUCCCUCUCGUCUACUUGGCUUUCAUCGAUGGGCGCCCCAGGACUUCAGCCGACAAUACAGACAAUACCGAGUUCCUGUGGGCCAGUCUUCGCCAAAGCGUUCUUGGGCAAUACUGGCAAUGGUGCGACUGUAGGAGGAAGAGGCAGCGCAGUCAAAGCGUCCAUGAAUGGGAUCGCUACACCGUCAGGCCGACGUGCGACAGUGAGGGCUCGCAGCUUAAGAAGCUGAAGCAGAAGCUAAUCACGGGCUGGGUGAUAAGAACGCCAGCGACGACCAAGGCUGUCGCGGCAGAUUGCAGCGCCGAUUGUCCGUGCGUCGAAGCCAACAAAAGAGGUCUUCUCGAGACAUGUGCACUGGAAUCGAAACUUUGGUUGUGGGAAGAGCCGACACUGAAAAAGCGCCCGUCAAAAAUUCCAGCCAGGUUCCGGAACACUAAACCAAACCGAUCACCAAUCCCCGAAAACGAAUAUUUUACACUCGUCCGUCCUAAUACUUGGUUCUGGAUCCAGUCUGAGUUCGCGAAUGGAGAGAUUGAGGGGGAGAAUUAUAUCAUUCCACGAGCGGUUGAAAUUCCUGGAAUCGCCAUCACACCGCCCGAAGGUCAAACGGAUCUCCUCCCGCUGGCCACGGAUCCGCAAGAGAGUCUGACAAAAUACUACAAAAGGGACUAUGCAGCAGAUUUUGCUUCUGUGUUGGAGAAGCAGGAGGCUAAGUGGUAUAGUCCGACGCGGUUAGAUGAUAUCUUGGAAGACGACGAGGACGAGGAGGAUGAACCGUGA